CUAGAACCUGCAAUUGCUCGUGUUCAACGAAAAGAGCACUGCUUAAAUCUGAAAAAUGCUGCAAAAGAUUUUCAAGUUGCUGCAAUUGUGAUGUGGAUGAACAACCUUGUCUGAGACUGGGGAGGCUGUCAAAUAAUUGUUUUCCUGGUGAUCAUAAACAUGAAAUGUUCAAUCACAGAGAACAUACUUCUUGCUCAUAUGGACAUUGCUGCACUUCUGUAUUUCCAUAUUGCUUUCAUGGUUUCUAUACUUCGGGGAGUAAUAGUACCUCUAAAGCCUUAAGUGAGCAGGAGGUUUGCGGACAAGCCAACAUAACACAUACCACCGGAGAUAAUAACAGCAACUAUUUGUUACCAGAGUGCAAGAGAAUUCGUCUAACUCAUUGUGAUUGUUCUAAGAAUAAUAGCGGCCUUAGAAAUGAUCAACAAACUGUCUUUUGGAGGGAUGUUCCAAAAAAGAAUUUUGCCCAUGCUGGUGCUUCUCAUGACAAGUUUGCAGAGGCAUUGAAAAGCACAAAGAGCGUUGGCGAUCAGGUUCCCAAUUAUGCCACUGAGUUCAACAAAGCUCAUCUAAAUUCCCAUGUAACAAAAGCACCACAGAUGUCUAAUAUGUCAUCCGGAUCCUCUGCUCCUGUCUUAACUCAAGUUUCAAUGGAAGUCAAUAAUUCAACUCCCUGUAUUAGAACUUCAACAAUGAUGCAUGAUUUAGUGGUUGAUGAAGGAUCAGGGAAUGAGAAAUGUGGAUCAUCUGAUGUAGUCGUCAGAGAUGGCAACGAAGGCUUUAAUACAGUCGACAAGGUGAAUGUAGCUAAAUCUAGGUUUGAUUGCUUGGCAAGCGAUUCGUCCAUUAAUCCUAUUGAUGAACUGCAUUCGAAGAUUCCAUAUAAAUCCAAGAAAGUCAAGUGUCUCAAUGAAGGGUUGGCAAAAAAAGAAAAUGGGAAGUAUCGAUGCAAGCUUGAAAUGACACCUAAAACUGCUGUAAGCAAAUCUGAGGACCAUAAUCCAUCAUUUGAUCCUUUUGGUGGCCCUGAAAUACUGAACAAUGUUAGGCAUUUAGAAAAUGAUAGUUCUCGAUCCCAAGAAAUUGAAGUUUCCAAACCUGGUUGUGUGAUGCAAAGAACAAAUGCUUCUCAUGGGUCUGCUGCAAUUAUCAAGAGAAAGCGUUCAGUUUUAUCCUUCAACAAAUUCAAGGAAAGAAUUGGUUACCAAGAUGGAGUGCCAAAGGAUGACGACAAGCAGUUACAAAAUGAUGAUAUCUCACUUAGAAGACUCAAGCGUGUUGGAGAAAAGAUGAAACAAGGGCUUGUUGCAUGUUCAAAACAUGAAAGUCGUAGUGGUACUGCAAAGCCACCUAAAUUCAUGUCGCUAAAUUGUAUUGCAAAUAUUUCAAGCAAGAUUAGUUUACCUAAGAAGAGCAAGCCUGUUGUAUGUGGAAAUUCAGGUAUCAUUUCUAGUGGAGGAACUGAUGGUGAUCAAAAGCCUGCAAAAAUAAUUUCCUUGGCUUCAAUACUAAAAAGGGCUAGAAAGUGCAACCUUACUGAAACCUCUGAUACAGCUGUAAGCCAUCAUAGUGAAACCUCUGAGGAUGCUAAAAAUUCUGCAAUCUUUCGUAGAUUGGAAGAAAGUUGUGAAUGCUUAAGAAAGAAUGGUGAAGACUUGAACUCACCAUCAACAGCAAAGGCAUUCCAUUCUGGAAAUAACACAGGCAUAAGAUGUCAUUUGCAUUCUAUGCAAUCAAUAUCUAACUUACGGUGCAAGGAUAUUUGUACGUGCAGUCCUGGCAAACUUGCUGCAAAAUUUAGGCAUCAUGCAAAGAGCACCUGCUCAUCAACUACUGAGAUUAAUGAAUGCUCAAAAUUGACCAUGGCAAAGGAUCAGCUCAAUUGUUCCCCUUCGGCUAUUUGUGGAUUGGAAGAUCAAGAUAAUAAAUUACAUCAGCAGAAGAUUUUAGAACCAGCAUCGCCAACAGCUAUUGGUUCUUUUCCCUUUCCUAAGAACAAUCAAGAUCAUGCUGGCAAGCUGUCUCAAGUAAGCAGAAGUAGCCGCAGUCUUUUAAAUCCAGAUGCAUUUUGUUGUGUCUGUGGAAGCUCGAAUCAAGGUGACACCAAUCAAUUGUUAGAGUGUCAUGACUGCUUGAUUAAGGUGCACCAAGCCUGCUAUGGAGUUUCAAAAAUUCCCAAAGGUAAUUGGUGCUGUCGUCCAUGCAAGUGCAACUCCCAAGACAUCGUUUGUGUUUUGUGUGGAUAUGGUGAUGGAGCCAUGACAAGGGCAGUAAAAUGUCAGAAUAUUAUCAAGAGUUUAUUGAAGGCAUGGAAAGUUGGUAAAGGAUCCUAUUCUGUGAAGACCAUUCCUUCUGAACAUGCAGAGAUCGAUGCUCUCAAUCCUGAUUCUGCAGAUGAAGCCUCUAAAUUCAACAACUGUGGUUCAGUUAGCGAGACUUGUACAGCUGAAAGCAAAAGUAGAAUGUCAGGAAAAUAUCCGGCUUUUAACAGCAUAAUCGCCGGAUCACUGGAUCCAUCUGUCACACAAUGGGUGCAUAUGGUUUGCGCACUUUGGACACCUGGUACAAGAUGUCCAAAUGUUGACACAAUGAAUACUUUUGAUGUGUCUGGUGCUUUACCUGCUAAGAAAAAUGUAGUCUGUUCUUUGUGUAAACGUUCAGGAGGUUCAUGCAUAGAGUGCAGAGUUUCAAGUUGCUCUGUCCCAUUUCAUCCUUGGUGUGCACAUCAGAAGGGUUUGCUACAAAGUGAAAUUGAAGGUGAUGAUGAUGAAAAAGUUGGCUUUUACGGGAGAUGCCUGCAUCAUGCAAUGCCCAAUAAUUAUCGUCUUGAUAAUCAUGUUGUGGAUCCCCAACAAAGCCUGAUAAAGGAAGAAUGCUCGUGUGCUCGCACCGAGGUUGUUAGAGGUCGGAAAAGAGAGAGAACACACCAGCCUAAUCUCCAAGGACCCGGUAAAGAUGGCGUAUGCAUUGUUUCCCAGGAGCAGAUAAAUGCAUGGCUUCAUAUUAAUGGUCAGAAGUGCCGUGCUAGUGGUUUAACAAAGCCAUCAGGUUCAGAUGUCGAGAAUGACUACCGGAAGGAAUACAUUCUAUACAAGCAGUUAAAGAGAUGGAAGCAUUUGGUUGUUUACAAAUCAGGAAUCCAUGCGCUUGGUCUGUACACAUCGCAGUUUAUUCCUCGCGGAGCCAUGGUAGUUGAAUAUAUCGGUGAGAUUGUCGGACUGCGAGUAGCCGACAAACGAGAGAUUGAGUACCAAUCAGGUAGAAGAAUCCAAUACAAGAGUGCUUGCUAUUUCUUUAGGAUUGAUAAGGAACACAUCAUUGAUGCCACACGCAAAGGCGGGAUUGCCCGAUUUGUCAACCAUGCUUGCCUGCCAAACUGUGUCGCUAAAGUAAUCACAGUCAGGAAUGAGAAAAAGGUGGUUUUCUUCGCAGAGAGGGACAUAAACCCUGGCGAGGAGAUUACUUAUGACUAUCACUUCAACAGUGAAGAUGAAGGCGAGAAAAUUCCAUGUUUCUGCGAUUCAAAAAAUUGCAGACGGUACCUGAACUGAGACUUGUAUACCUAAAAACUACUAUUGCUCCAGAUUGAUAAUUUGAAUAUGUGAAUUGUAACAUGUAAAUAGUUUGCUUCCUACUAAGGGCAUGUUCUCUAUGAACUUGUAAUA